AUGAGCCUGUCUAACAGCGACUAUUACCCGGACUCCAGUCCAGCAAGCGAAGAGGCAAGGCUGCUUCUUCCCGUUGUUCGGCCUAUUCCAUUUAUGUCGCCUGAUAUUGACGCUCCACGAAUGUGUGCGUAUGCGCGGCACGCUUCUUCAGCCGUAAGAGAAACCGAGCCACUCAUCAGAAGCCAUCACCCGUCGUUAAAAGAGAGCAAGGUCGUCUUUGUAUGCGACAAAAUGGGCACCGCAACUUGGAUUAUUCCUCAUACUGCUGAAGCUAGUCGCUACGAUGGUACAGAAGCCGCAGGGAGGAAAAUCAAGGUCCUUUCCCCGGUCAGAGAUGGGUUCCUUUGGCUCUCAAAGGAUUUGGAUUUCUACGGGUGGUUCUUCAACAUCAUCGACUGUGGACGGAUUCUACAGUUAGAUGAACUUGCGGAAAUACGACAGUUCUUUACAGGCGCAGUGACAGCUGUUGCGCUUUCUAGGCGGCGCAUCGUGGUCACUUUCCCCACCAAAGAGGCCAUCCAGGCUUGCUGGGUAGCCAGAGUCGCCGAGAAAGUCGGUCAGCAGAUCAGACUAUAUGAUGAUGAAUAUAACAAAGACGACAUCAUUUUUGAGUUAAAGUCUAGCAAUGACACCGGAGCUAUUGACCGACAGAAAAACAGAGCCGUACGAUUGCGUUUUCCCGCCGGCGGGGGUAUUAUUGUCGUUGUUCCUGAAGAACUACUCCAAAAUCGGAAUAUCGUACCCUUGGCAAAUGGAGAAAAUAUUUUUACGUCUUUCAUCCACCGCUUCUUUAGGACUACUUAA